AUGACAAUUCAAGCACCUCCUCUUCCUCCCAACAAACCAACAACCUACAAUAAUAAUCAAACAACAACACCAUCAACAACACCAACUCCAUCUUUAACACCAUCAACACCAACAAAUAAUACACCACCUCCACCACCUCGUCCAAAAUUAGCAAAUUUAUUUUCACGAUUGGCAACUGACAAUAAUUUUACAUUUCAUCAUCUUCAUCUGACAAGAGACGAUUUGCAACUUGCUGAACAUUUAAAAAAAUUGAAUUUAUCAUCAAUUCAACAUAUUUUGCAAUUUUAUGAUUUUUCUGUUCAUCGAUUUGUUGUCUUGCCAGUAACUUGUCACUUGCCAAUUAAUCAAUUAAUUGGACAUCCAGUGUAUAAGCAUCAUUCUCUUUCACAUUUAGCUGCUGGUAUUGAACCUUUCCAAAAUGGUGGACAAUUGUUAGAUCACUAUUUAGUAUAUCCAAAUAAGCAAAUUCCUGAUCCACUUCUGUCAUGUGCCAAAAAGAAUGAACAAGGAUUGUUUACUAUUGAAUCUAUUUAUCAAGCUGAGAGUUCAAGAGAGAAAGGUCAAUUUGAAUACCUUUUUGAAAAAUCAAACAAUGAUAAUACUUGUCAUCUCAUGUCCACAAAACAAAUUCAUCAAAAAUUGGUCAAUUUGAUUAAUAUUGAUUGUCCUUUUGAUUAUCAAAUGAGAUUAUCAAAAGAACAAGGAAUUGUUAAUAGAUUGAAUAUUUAUGGAAAAGCUCUGAAAGCUACUUUGGAUGCCAUUCAAUCUAGAAAACCAGCAAAUAACUCUAAACCAAGUACUCCAACAAGUGGUGCAAGUAACAGUACCAGCUCAUUGGGAAGAAGUGGAUCAUUGAGUGGUAAUUUGGGUGUCUUUGUUCAAUCCAAAUCUAGUUCAAAUUUGAAGGAGAGUCGAAUGGAUAGUCCAAGAACUCCAACGACUCAACCUGCAUCUCCAUCGGUUCUUCUUCCAACUGGUGGACCUAAAGAUGCCGAAUAUUAUGAUGAAUAUUAUGCCAUGACUCAAAAGAUGAGAGAUUCAGAUUUCCUUUCGGAUUUGGAUAUUAAUUCAUUUGAAGAGGUGGAGCAAUUCUUUAACAUUUUGAAAAAGCAAAUUUUCACAAUGGCUCUUGUUAAGAGUUUGUAUGGAGCCAAGAAGAGAGUUGCCAAUAGUGGUGCAGUUCCAACUCAAUCCACCUUGAAGAACGAUAAAAAGUCAUCCAAUAAUGAAUCUGAGAGAGAGGUUGGAUUGUUAUUCUCCUCACUUUCAUUCUCUACCACUUCACAUACUCUGGAACAACAUUUGGUCAAUGACUUGUUGAAGAAUAUUCCACACUUGGCUUCAAUUUCGAGAGGAACAACUGGAUCAGUUUCUGAACAACUUGCCCGUGAAUCAUUCUUUAUGAAUGUUGAAUAUUUCAAUGGAUGUUCCAUUGAUCACAAAUUACUUCCAGUUUCAAUUAGAGAAGGUAAAUUCUCAGGCGAUUUGAAAUGGAAGAAGGUUGACUAUUUCGAUAACUUUAACAAUGAAACAUGCAACCUCUUAGCCACAAAAUGCAAAGGUCUCACUAGCUUGAACGUUUCAGGAACUGUAUUUUUAGACACCAAGGUUGUUAAGGAUUUAAACCUUUCUCAAAUUGCCCCUUCUAGAAUUUUCAAUGAAAUUGGACUUGGCACACUUGCAUAUGGUUGCCAAUCAUUGAGCUCAAUCGAAAUUAGAAUGGGCAAAUGGGAUCCCAAGGGAACCAAUCAACUCUUACAAGUAUUACCACGCUUGACCAAGUUGAACGUUCCUGGUGUGAAUAUGGAUGAAUCCACUUUCCAGGCAAUCUCCGACAAUAGAACUUUGAAACAUUUGACUAUCAAUAAUUGUGAAGCUUGCAAUGAUCAAAAUUUGAAAUAUCUCUACAAUCAUCCAACCAUUGCUCAAUUGGUCAUUCAAAAUUGUACAGGGGUUCAAAAUGGAAUUUUAGGAUUAGUUGAAGCCAACUCACCAUCUUUGGUUCAUUUGGAAUUGGUCAAUUUGCACAAUUUAACUGAUGGCUAUUUGGAUGUUUCCAAGAAUAGUCACAUCAAGACUUUGAAAGUCAAUCAUUGCAGAACUUUGACUACUCAAAAUAUUCUCUCCUUGUCCAAAUCUCAAAGUGCCAUUACCAAUUUAAUGAUCAGAGGUACAACCGAUAGCAUUGUCCUCUCACCAAUUGGAAACCUAGCCAAUCAAUUGCAAAUUCUCGAUUUAUCCAAAACUUCAUUCCCUUACACUCAAAUCUUGAAAUCUGAAGGACCAGUAACUGCAUUCCAACCUGUUUACUAUCCAGUAACUCCUGUUGCCUCUGAAGAUUACAAACAAAUCAUUCAAUCAUGCAGACAAUUAAGAGUUCUCAUUCUCGAUUGCAAUCACAAUGUCAAUGAUAAUAUUAUUUACCUCCUCUCAGAUCAAACUCAUCCACAUUUGGAAAGAUUAUCUUUGGAAAAGACUAGUGUUACUCAAAAAGGUAUCAACCACAUCUAUUCACACUUUUCAUCUCAAUCUUCUAAUUUAACUGCUUUGAAUUUGAGAACUAGAACUUCAGGUGAAUUGAACAUGAUUGACAAUUUACCAAAUAUUCCAAAAUUGAAAGAAGUUCAUUUAGGAUUGAUUCGUACACAUUCCAUAUCCAUGCACUAUGUGAAAAAAUUGUCAUUAUGUAAGGCAUUGGAUACUGUUUAUGUGGAAUUUGAUUCUCUUGAAGCUAAGCAUAAACUUGUGGAAAAUAACAAGUUGAAGAAUAUUCACUUUGAAAUUUAA